CGCUGCUUAGUGGCGGUGUUCGCGGGUCCUGGGUCCAUGGCGCCACCACAGCGAUGUCCUCUGUGUCGGCAAACUUUCUUCUGUGGUCGCGGGCACGUCUACAGCCGCAAGCACCAGCGACAGUUGAAGGAGGCUCUGGAGCGGCUUCUCCCGCAGGUGGAGGCCGCCCGCAGGGCCGUCCGCGCCGCCCAGGUGGAGCGCUAUGUCCCCGAGCACGAUCGGUGCUGUUGGUGCCCGUGCUGCGGCUGCGAAGUGCGAAAACACCUGAGCCAUGGAAACCUGACCGUGCUACACGGGGGUCUGCUGGAACAUCUGGCUAGCCCAGAGCACAAGAAAGCCACCAACAAAUUCUGGUGGGAGAACAAAGCCAAUGCCCAGAUGAAAGAGAAGUUUCUGAUCUCCCCCCAGGAUUAUGCACGGUUUAAGAAGUCCAUGGUGAAGGGCUUGGACUCCUAUGAGGAAAAGGAGGAUGAAGUGAUUAAAGAGAUGGCAGCUCAGAUCCGUGAGGUAGAACAGAGUCGGCAGGAAGUGGUCCGAUCUGUCUUAGAGCCUCAGGCAGAGUCAGAUCCAGAAGAGGGUUCUUCGGCACCUGAAAGUUGGAAAGCGACCAAUGGCCUGGCUCCCCUGUCUUUCAGCCAUGUAGCCUCCAGCUCACAGCAGGUAUCACACUUGGCCUUGCAGCCUGUUGCAGAGCUUGAUUGGAUGGAGACAGGACAGCACCUAACAUUCAUUGGCCAUCAGGAUGCACCCGGAGUUGGUAACAUUCACUCAGGUGCCACACCUCCCUGGAUGAUGCAGGAGGAGGAGCACAGCUCGGGAAGCCUCCCAAUAGGACCCUCCUACGAAGAAUUUCUUAAAGAAAGUAAGCAAGCUACCUCAAGAAACACAUUUAAGUUUCAGGUCUUCACAAUCGGGCUAGCUGCAGUGUCUGUAGACCCAGCUACAUAUUUCCUAUUUGCAGAGGAAAAACAAAAACUGAAGAAACUCCCUCCAGAUAGAGUUGGCGCCAACUUUGAUCACAGUUCCAACACCAGUGCAGGCUGGCUGCCCUCUUUUGGCAGAGUCUGGAACAACGGACGCCGCUGGCAGUCCAGGCAUCAAUUCAAAACUGAAGCUGCAACAAGAAGCAAGCAGCCACACAAAGGGAAAAGCUGAAGGUUCCCGGGCCCAGUCUCAGAAUGGCCAACAAACCCAUCCCAGCUAUUUAUUCCUCUUCACCUGCCUCAGGAAACAGAUGCACCCAUUCAUUUGAUUCAAUAAAAUUUUAUUUUCCCAAAUGUA